AUGCCGAGACAUACUACAAUGUGGAUGGAACUUGAAGACGUCAUCCUGAAUGAAAGAAGCCAGUCACAAGAAGAAUACUGGAUUCUUCUACCGAUGAGGCGGCGGUCCGGCUCGGGCUACGAGGGCAGCACCAGCUGGAAGGCGGCCUUGGAGGACACUACCACCCGCCUCCUGCUUGGGGCCAUCGCUGUCUUGCUGUUCGCCAUCCUGGUGGUGAUGAGUGUCUUAGCUUCCAAGGGCUGCAUCAAGUGCGAAGCCCCCUGCCCGGAGGACUGGCUGCUCUACGGAAGGAAGUGCUACUUCUUCUCUGAGGAGCCGAGAGACUGGAACACGGGCCGGCAGCACUGCCACAGCCACGAGGCCGCGCUGGCCGUCAUUCAGAGCCAGAAGGAGCUGGAAUUUAUGUUCAAGUUCACGCGGAGGGAACCCUGGAUUGGCCUGCGCAGAGUGGGGGACGAAUUCCACUGGGUCAACGGGGACCCGUUCGACCCGGACACAUUCCCCAUCGCGGGCCUGGGGGAGUGCGUCUUCGUGGAGCCCACCAGGCUGGUGUCCACGGAGUGUCUGAUGACUCGGCCCUGGGUGUGCAGCAAGAUGGCCUACACGUGAGGUGGGUCAGGCCCGAGGCGGCCCUCCGGCCAGGCCAGACCUGCCCGCCCAGACUCCGCUCCAAGGCGAUGUGGUGAAGAGGGGGCCUUCACUCCGGGGCCCUCUGCAGGGCCCACGGGCCCAGGUUCCUGGCCUCCUUGGCCCCAGGCGGGUCCUGUGGCUUAGCACUUAAAUCCCACACGCUCUAUAGUAUAGGUACCUGUUCCCGCAAAGUGGGUGUGCAUGCACACACAUGCACGCACACGCCUGUGCACACACAUGCAUACACACAUGCAAUCACAUACGCAUACAUGUGCGCACACACGCACACACACGUGUACACACAGAGAGAAGCAAACAGCCCCCUCUUAAGCUCAGAGUCCACCCUUAGCCACCUGGUGUGUCCCUCCCUGGCCUGCUCUGGACCAUUCCUUCCUCCUGGGGCCUGGAACUGACACAGACUGCGGUACUGCCCCCCACACAGCCCCCCUCACGCCCCUCAGGUCUUUCCUCUCCUGGUUGCUGGGGUGGCCGGGAGGGGCAGCUUCCUGUCACCUGGCUCCCCACGUCCACCCUCCUUGCCGUCCCCGGGAUCCUCAGGGAGGCCCCGCUGCGCCUGUGGUGCUGUCGUGUUGGUCACUGACG